CUCUUGAAAUAAAAGUUGGCUGCUUCCCAUCAAGAAAAGGAAAAGUCAACCAUGAUAGCCACGAUAUCCUUUCUUGUUCUUUCCACUCUACCAACGCUCGUAGUCCCUGCCGAGACCUCGUACGGCGCAAUAGCAGAGUUGGUGUCGGGAUAUUCCCGGGUCUUCUCUGGGGAACGCGUCCAGCUCAGAUGCAGCAUUCCCGAUGGCCGCAGGUCCACGUGGAAUUAUUUGUGGUUCAAGGGAUCCAAGCGCCUCGCGCAUCACGCACAGAUGUUGACUCUGAAGGGCUCCCUUAACGACAGUGGAGUUUUUCAGUGCCAAGGAGUCAAGGACACGGCUGUGGGAAACAUAUAUACGCUCAAAAGUCCCCCUGUAGACAUAAAUGUGGACGGAGGUUGGGCCAUCCUCCAGGUCCCGCAGCUUCCCGGCCUCGUCGGAGGGACCUUGAACAUGAUGUGUCGCGUCCGCGGCCGCCGCCAAUAUCACGAGGUGAUUUUGUACAAAGAUGGCGUGGAAGUCAUUAGGCAACGUGGCUUUAACCCACAACUGAGCUUGCCCCAAUUGAGCACGGAGGACCAAGGACUGUACACCUGCAGGGUGUCUUGGGACACCGACAGACAAACUCAUUCAGCGAUUUCAAAUGACAUUCAAGUGAAUGUCUUAGAGGUUCUGACACAGCCCGUGCUUGAGGUCAUCGCAGACAACAACCUACUUCCCAUGGAUCUGAUGAAGCUCAUUUGCCAUCUCCAGUACAACGCCCGCGCUCCAGCGCCUCCCGUAAACUACUACUUCUACAAGGAUAACAGGCGGUUGGGGCUAGCCACGUCUGAGAACUUUGACCUGGUCAAACGGAGACCGGGCCUGUACAGCUGCAAGGUCAAGGUUCCCCAGCUGCGCCUCUGCAAGUGGAGUGAGGCUGAACCAUUUGAAGAGUGACGAAGACAUGACAGUAAAAAAUAUGCCAGAUUUUGGCUGAAGAUGAUACCUCCAAUUCUUUGUUCAAGAGAUGUAAAACCUGUUGUAAAACAGUUCCUCAUCUCAUAUUUAUCCUGUUAAUUAUAAUUAUGAUGAACUGAACAAAGUAAUAAAACAUAUCCAAAUCACA